AUGGAAGGUGAAGAAGAGGGAGGAGGGAUAAGGCUGAGCAAGAGAUUUUCGGACAAAGGAGGAGGGGAGGUUGAUUACAAGACCAAGUCAGGUACGGCCUGGAGCCACUCCUACCUCAACCAGAAGCCAUGGCACCCUCUCUCUUACCCCAACCAACGCCGCAAGUGGAUCGCAGAGCAGAUCCAGGCCCAGCACCAGCGUCGCACCGAGGAGUAUGCCCAAGAGCAGGAAUUCUUUCGCCAGGCCGCUCUCGUCUCCAAGAAAGACAAGGAAAAGAUUGAGAUGAUGAAAGCUGUUAGCUUUAUGUAUGUUCGUCCACCUGGUUACAACGCCGAGAGUGCCAAAGCUGCAGAGAUUGCUGAUGAGAGUGUAAGAGAGCACCAUAAUAACCCCUCCUUUGAAGACCCACAAACACAAACGCAAACAGAUGCCCCUUCCACUUCAAGGCCACGGCCACCAGAGUGUAUGCCUCCUAGUGGCGAAGAAGCCAAAAAACCAAGACCCAAAGACGUGUUUGGCCGUCCUUUACCAACGGAACAAGAAUUUGAAAUUUUGAAAAAUGCUCCAAGGAUGGAGACUGGUGUCCCUACGAGGGCAAAGCCAUUUGGAGUUGAAGUGCGCAAUGUGAAGUGCGUAAGGUGUGGAGCAUUUGGUCACCAAAGUGGUGAUCGUGAAUGUCCGUUGAAGGAUGCUAUAAUGCCUAAUGAGGAGAGCCGAUUGAAAAGGGAUGACCCUUUGACUGCUAUUCUUGCCCACACAGAUCCUAGUGAGCCUCUAAAGUGGGAGCUCAAGCAAAAACCAGGAAUUAGUCCUCCACGUGGAGGGUUUAAACCAGAUGACCCCAACCAACAAAUAGUUGCUGAGGACAUAUUUGACGAGUAUGGAGGCUUCCUCAGUGGGGAUGUCAUCCCUGAGCUACUGACCAACUUCCCAAGCCAACCCAGGGACAAGUCCAAAAAGAAGACCAAGCACAAAAAAAAGCAGUCAUCACCAAUAAGUGGGGAAGACGGGUUGUCAUCUUCUAAUGAGGAUGAUAAGAAGUCAAAGAAGAAAAUAUGCAAGACAUAA